AUGCAUAAAACUGACCAACUUAAAGAGAAUUUGGCAACAAAAACUUUGAUUGUAUGUAUUGGUUCAUUAAAAGAGUUACAAGAAUUGUCAGGAUGUGAUGAAUUGACAGAUAUCCAUCGUGAUAAAAUUGAUCAUAUUACAAUUCCUUCAAAGAAAGGUAAAGGUGUUUUAAGAAGAACUGAGGAAGUAUUUGACUGUUGGUUUGAAUCUGGAAGUAUGCCUUAUGCUCAAUGUCAUUAUCCGUUUGAAAACAAGGAAAAAUUUGAAGCAUCUUUUCCUGCAGAUUUUAUUGCUGAAGGUCUUGAUCAGACUCGUGGUUGGUUUUACACAUUAAUGGUUUUAUCAACUCAUUUAUUUGAUAAACCUGCAUUCAAAAAUUUGAUAGUUAAUGGAUUGGUAUUAGCAGCUGAUGGUAAAAAGAUGAGCAAACGUUUACAAAACUAUCCAGAACCAACUGUUAUUAUUAACUCAUAUGGUGCAGAUGCACUUAGGUUAUAUCUCAUCAAUUCACCAGUUGUUCGAGCAGAACCUUUGAAAUUUAAAGAAGAUGGUAUUAAAGAAGUUAUAUCCAAAGUAUUUUUACCUUGGUAUAAUGCUUAUAGAUUUUUCACAUCACAAGUAGUUUUAUUGAAAAAAGAUACAAAUGGGGAUUUUAAAUAUAAUCCAAAUUUAAAAAAAUCAGUCAAUGUUAUGGAUAGAUGGAUAUUAGCAAGCUCACAAAGUCUUAUUAAAUAUGUUCGUGAAGAGAUGAAAGCAUAUCGAUUGUAUACAGUGGUACCAAAAUUGUUAAAUCUUAUUGAACAAUUAACCAACUGGUAUGUCAGAUUUAAUCGUAAACUUCUAAAGGGUGAAAUUAGCCCUGAAGAUACUAUUGAUGCAUUAAAUACACUUUUUGAAGUUUUGUUCACAUUAUGUAAAUCUAUGGCAUCAUUUACACCUUUCCUUACUGAAUAUAUGUAUCAAAAUUUGAAGAUAUUCCUUCCUGAAACUGACUUGAAUAAUGAUAAUAGAUCCAUUCAUUUCUUAACUUUUCCUGAGGUUAGAAAUGAAUAUUUUGAUUCAGAAAUUGAACGAAGCAUGUCUCGAAUGCAAACAGUUAUUGAAUUGGGUAGAAUCAUUCAACUUGUUGUUGUACACUCAAAUACUCAAUAUCAUUCAGAUGUUUUAUCACUUGAAAGUUAUAUUGUUGAGGAAUUGAAUAUAAAAAAUCUUCUUGUAACAUCCGAAGAAGAUAAAUAUGGAAUCAAAUACAAGGUAGAAGCAGAUUGGAAGGUUUUAGGUGCAAAACUUAGGAAAGAUGUAGUGAAAGUCAAAAAUGCAUUGCCAAAAGUUACUUCAGAACAAGUAAAAGAAUUUGCAAGAACCAAAGAGAUUGUGGUAGAUGGUAUAAAAUUGGUUGAUGAAGAUCUUCAAGUGAUCAGAUACUUUGAAGAUUCUAAUAGUCAUUAUGAAACAAAUACUGACAAAGAUGUACUUAUUCUUCUUGAUACUAAAGUAUAUCAAGAUUUACAAGAGGAAGGAUUGGCACGUGAAAUUGUGAAUCGUGUACAAAGGUUAAGAAAAAAGGCUGGUUUACAACCCAUUGAUCCAGUGUUGAUGUAUUACAAAUUCAUAACUGAUACUGAUAAUUUAUUAGAAAAUAUUAUCAAGAAAGAAACUGAUUACAUUAGAAAGAUCUUAAAACGACCAUUAUUAUCAAUAACUGAAAAAGUAGAUGAUGCAAAAAUUAUUAUUGAAGAAGAACAAGAGGUAAAUAAUUCCAAGUUUAUACUAUGUUUUGUUAAAGAUUGGUGA